AAUAACAAAGAUGUUCAAAGUUGUCGAAAAAGUUGCUCCGUCGAAUAAAACGAAAUAUUUAUUGCGUCUAUAUGCUACGGCUGCACCGAAAACCACUGCCGAAGCUAAACGCGAAGUAAAAAAGCCCCAAGAAAAUGCCUCCUUUAUGGCAAACAUCUUUCGUGGCAAUUUAGCUUCAACUCAGGUCUUUCCCUAUCCCGAUGUACUUACCGAAGAGGAAAAAGAGCUCACCGCCAGUUUAAUUGAUCCAUUUGAACGGUUUUUCCGUGAAGUGAACAAUGCAGCACGGAACGAUGAAAAUUCCCAGAUUGAUGACGAAACCUUGAAUCAAUUGUGGGAAUUGGGUGCGUUCAGUAUUCAGGUUCCUAACGACUUUGGUGGCCUUGGUCUUAAUAAUACCCAAUAUGGUCGUUUGUGUCAAAUUGUGGGCGCUAAUGAUCUGGGUUUGGGCAUUACAAUUGGUGCCCAUCAAAGUAUUGGCUUCAAGGGUAUUUUGUUGUAUGGUACCCCCGAACAAAAGGCCAAGUAUUUGCCACAGGUCUCCGGUAAAGUAUAUGCUGCCUUUGCUUUAACAGAGCCCAGUGCUGGAUCUGACGCUGGCUCCAUUAAGUGCAGAGCUGUGAAGAGUGCCGAUGGCAAACAUUAUAUUUUGAAUGGCUCGAAAAUUUGGAUUUCCAACGGUGGCAUUGCUGAUAUCAUGACUGUUUUUGCCCAAACUGAAAUAACUGAUCCUACGACCGGAGAAAAGAAGGAUAAGGUAACAGCUUUCAUUGUUGAACGAGGCUUUGGCGGAGUUACAAAUGGAGCUCCCGAAAAGAAAAUGGGUAUUAAAUGUUCCAACACCGCUGAGGUGUACUUUGAAGACGUGAAAAUUCCAAUUGAAAAUGUUUUGGGCAAGGAAGGUGAAGGUUUCAAGGUUGCAAUGAAUAUUUUGAACAAUGGCCGCUUCGGCAUGGGCGCCACCUUGUCGGGCACAAUGAAGCACUGCAUUGCCAAGGCUGUGGAACACUGCAACAACAGAACCCAGUUUGGAAAGAAACUGAAGGACUACAAGGGUAUACAGGAAAAGAUUGCCCAAAUGUGUCUAAUACAGUACGCCACCGAGUCUAUGGCUUUCCAAAUUUCACAAAAUAUGGAUGCUGGAAGUCAAGAUUAUCAUCUGGAGGCCGCUAUUUCCAAGGUAUUUGCUUCGGAGGCAGCUUGGUAUGUCUGUGACGAGUCUAUACAGAUCUUGGGUGGUAUGGGUUUCAUGAAGGAGACCGGUUUGGAACGUAUUUUGCGCGAUUUGCGUAUCUUCAGAAUUUUUGAGGGUACCAAUGAUAUUUUGCGUCUAUUUGUUGCCCUCACUGGUAUCCAGUAUGCCGGAUCACAUCUCAAAGAACUGCAAAAGGCUUUCAAAAAUCCUGCCGCUAAUUUGGGAUUGAUCUUUAAGGAGGCUUCACGUCGCGCCGCCUCCUCUGUGGGUAUUGGUGGUAUCGAUCUUUCGCCUUUCGUUGCCCCCCAACUGACAUCCACAGCCAAAGAUGCAGGCGAAUGCAUCGACUUGUUUGGAAAGACGGUUGAAACCUUGCUUGUUAAAUACGGGAAGAAUAUUAUUCAUGAACAAAAUGUAUUGAAUCGCUUGGCAGAUUCUGCCAUCGAUAUUUACUCUAUGGUUGUUACCCUAUCACGAUCAACAAGAGCCGUAAACGAGAAACUGGAAACCGCCGAUCAUGAAGUGGAGCUAACCAAGGCCUGGUGUUAUCAGGCAAAUGAAAGAUGCCGAACAAAUCUCAAACAUGCCACGUCGAGUGGUCAUGCCAGCUUCUAUAAGGAUUUGUCGAAAAUCGCCGAGACAGUUUUAGAAAAUGGUGGUGUUAAAACAACGAAUAUUGUGGGUUAG